AUGUCUGGCUAUGACAGGAUGCUGCGGACCCUGGGAGGAAAUCUCACGGAGUUUAUUGAAAACCUGGACGCCCUCCACAGUUACCUGGCACUGUCUUAUCAGGAGAUGAAUGCACCAUCGUUUCGAGUGGAGAGAGCUGCAGAUGGGAAAAUGCUUCUCCAUUACUACUCAGAUAGAAGUGGUCUGUGCCACAUCGUGCCAGGUAUCAUUGAGGCUGUCGGCAAGGACUUUUUUAACCUGGAUGUGACCAUGGAUAUCCUUGACAUGAAUAAGGAAGUGGAGAGGACAGGGAAGAAGGAACACGUUGUGUUUCUGAUUGUGCAGAAGGCUCGCAGGAAGAUGAGAAAGGCAAAGCCAUCCAGGUUACAAGACAGUCAGGACAACCAGAGUGACCAAGAGGCCCUCAAGGCAGCUUUCCUCAGGAUGAAGGAGAAAUAUUUGAGUGUCUCUGCUUGUCCUGUGAAGAAAUCCCACUGGGAUGUUGUGAGAAGCAUAGUCAUGUUUGGAAAAGGGCAUCUCGUGAACACCUUCGAGCCGAUUUAUCCCGAGAGGCUGUGGAUCGAAGAGAAGACAUUCUGCAAUGCUUUUCCUUUCCACAUUGUGUUUGAUGAAUCACUGCGGAUCAAGCAAGCUGGAGUGACUAUUCAGAAGUACGUCCCAGGACUCCAAACCCAGAAGAUUCGAUUAGACGAGUAUUUCUCCAUCAUUCAUCCUCAAGUUACCUUCGACAUUUUCAGCAUCUGCAAAUUUAUCAACAGUCAAUUUGUCCUGAAGACACGAAGAGAAAUGCUGCCCGAAGCCUGGAAAAGUCAGCCCACACUCAAGCUCCGAGGCCAGAUGAUCUGGAUGGAGUCCACACGGUGCAUGAUGUACCUGUGCUCCCCGAAGCUCCGCAGCCUGCAAGAGCUGGAGGAGCACAAGAUGUAUCUUUCCGACAUCGCCCCCCACGACACGACCAGGGACCUCAUCCUCCUGAACCAGCAGCGGCUGGCUGAGAUAGAGCUGUCCAACCAGCUGGAGAGGAAGAAGGAGGAGCUGCGCGUCCUCUCCCAGCACCUGGCCAUCGAAAAGAAGAAAACAGAGACCCUGCUGUAUGCCAUGCUGCCUGAGCACGUGGCCAACCAGCUGAAGGAGGGCAAGAAGGUGGCGGCAGGAGAAUUUAAAACCUGCACAAUCCUUUUCAGCGACGUGGUAACGUUUACUAACAUCUGUGCUGCCUGCGAACCUAUCCAAAUAGUGAAUAUGCUGAAUUCAAUGUACUCCAAGUUUGACAGAUUAACCAGUGUCCACGAGGUCUACAAAGUGGAAACAAUAGGAGAUGCUUACAUGGUCGUAGGGGGUGUACCAGUGCCCAUUGGAAGCCACGCUCAAAGGGUGGCUAAUUUUGCCUUGGGGAUGAGGAUUUCUGCAAAAGAAGUGAUGAAUCCUGUUACUGGAGAACCCAUCCAGAUCAGAGUGGGGAUACACACCGGACCCGUCUUAGCAGGGGUCGUGGGAGACAAGAUGCCACGGUACUGCUUGUUCGGUGACACUGUGAACACAGCCUCUAGGAUGGAAAGUCAUGGGCUUCCCGACAAAGUGCACCUCAGCCCCACAGCCUACAGAGCCCUGGAAAACCAAGGAUUUGAAAUCAUCGAGAGAGGUGAAAUUGAAGUGAAAGGGAAAGGGAAAAUGACCACAUACUUUCUGAUCCAGAACUUGAAUGCCACCAAGGACGAGAUCAUGGGGAGACCGACAACUCCACUUGAUCACAAAGGUAAGCAGAAAAGAGAAGUCUUCAUGGGUACAUCCCUGCCCACCACCAGGCUCCAAGGAUCAGUUCAACCGUUUUGCCCUGAACACACAUCUCUUGCAUCCGGGGCUCUGGACACCUCACCCACCGACAUCUCGAAAGCAGAAGCACGUGACCUGGGAAAGGAAGACAGGAAAGCCGUUGUCAUCAUGAGGUACGCCGACAGUUGGCAGCUGCUCCCUGACAGGAACGUGGCGGAUGAAACCGACAUCAACAACUAG